UUCUGACUUGGCACCUCAUCUGCACAGAACUUUUUAGAAGUCGGAGGGAGGAGGACACUCAGAGUGAGGUGUUGCCCUCAGGGAGGACUCUGGAAUCCCCUGGACUCAACAGGGAGGGGGGAGGCAUUCCCAGAAGCAUCAGCUCCCAGGCGUCUGAGAACCCUGGCUUGGACCCUGACCAAAGAGUGCUCCCAACUGCUAAAUAGGCCAGGGACCCCCUUUCUCUAAGCCCUGCAUCCCUUCCUCCGGGGUGCGCCCUGCCCCUCCCUGAGUCACCCCAAGGAGAGAGGAGGAAAAAAGGGAAGAGAAAAGAGGCAUUGACUACAGAGGAAGGAAAAGGAAACAGCAGAGGAGGGAGGAGAGAGGCCACACAAGAGUGGGUGACAGAGGAGUCCGGAGAGGGCAGAUCUAGGGCAGAUCUAGGGCAGGGGGAGAUAGGGAGAGGGCAGGUCGAGCAUCCCAGAGGGUGCCCCAAGAGCAGGGCUGCAGGGGCGGGGAGCUGAGGGGGCGGGCCGGCCAUGUCCCACGGGACCUACUACGAGUGUGAGCCCCGGGCUGGCCAGCAGCCACUCGAGUUCUCAGGGGGCAGAGCGGGGCCUGGAGAGCUGGGGGACAUGUGUGAGCAUGAGGCCUCCAUCGACCUCUCCGCCUACAUCGAGUCUGGGGAGGAACAGCUCCUCUCUGACCUCUUCACUGUGAAGCCAGCACCUGAGGCCAGAGGGCUUAAGGGACCUGGAACCCCUGCCUUCCCCCACUACCUGCCGCCUGACCCACGGCCCUUCGCCUACCCGCCACAUACCUUCGGCCCUGACAGGAAGGCACUGGGGCCUGGCAUCUACAGCAGCCCAGGGAGCUACGACCCCAGGGCUGUGGCCGUGAAGGAGGAGCCCCGGGGACCAGAGGGCAGCCGAGGGGCCAGCCGUGGUGGCUACAAUCCUCUGCAGUACCAAGUAGCACACUGUGGGCAGACGGCCAUGCACCUGCCCCCAGCCCUGGCAGCGCCCAGCCAGCCCCUGCGCGUCCUCAAGGCCCCUGUGGCCGCUGCCGCACCCCCCUGCAGCCCCCUCCUCAAGGCGCCGUCCCCAGCUGGCCCCUCACACAAAGGCAAGAAGGCGGUGAACAAGGACAGCCUGGAGUACCGGCUUCGGCGGGAGCGGAACAACAUUGCUGUGCGCAAGAGCAGGGACAAGGCCAAGAGGCGCAUCCUGGAGACGCAACAGAAGGUGCUGGAGUACAUGGCAGAGAACGAGCGCCUCCGCAGCCGCGUGGAGCAGCUGACCCAGGAGCUGGACACCCUCCGAAACCUCUUCCGCCAGAUCCCCGAGGCUGCCAACCUCAUCAAGGGCGUGGGGGGCUGCAGCUGAGCCCAGCUGGCAGACUGUGGCACCAGCCCCCGGCCUGACCCUGCUGGGGCCCUAGAGCCCUCACAGGUUGAGCCUGAGACAUAGACCAUGGACAAAUGGCAGCGGGUGGCAAGGGAGGAGGGCAGACCCCAGCAUGAUGAUUCUAUGGCUGAAUAAAAUUGCACUAUGACUCAGUAAUGGGCCUGCACACUGGGCCUUGGCCUUCUCCAGUGGCGGGAGGGGGGGGGGGUGGUGUUGCAUGUGUGGCAUGGGGGCCUCAAGGGCAGGGAAUGCAUAUGGCUGGGUCUGUAUACCUCUCGGUUCCAUGCACAAAUGAAUAUCCAAGAAUACAGAUACACUGCCCACAGCUCUCCCCUGACACGCCACACGGCCAAGCCACGUGUCUGUCACUCUGCUCCGCUCUCCCCUUGCCCCUAGCCCAACCCACUCUAUCCUUCUGGAUAAUGAAGGCACACCACCCCUGCAAUCCCACAGGACUGGAACAGCCUCUGGAUGUUUCCCUAACAGAGUUCUGUGUCUUGUGGGGGGAUCCCAGCACCUCCCAGUCCCUGUGUCUAGGCCUGCUGACCCCAGCACCUCUAGGUCUGGGAGCUCCUGUCAGCUUCCAGAUGGCUCUGCCACAUUUAUGGUCCCUUAGCUCUUAAUCCAGGACUCAGCUUUUUCUCUCCAGUUCCACAGCUUGAGCCCACCAGGCUGACAGCCCCCCCACACAUGGCUCCUAUCCACCCACUCGCUCUUUGCCCCUCAUUCCCUGGGGCUUGAGUUCUCCAAAGCACUAGAAUCUGAGUGCCUGGGGGAGGACUCCGUUGGGAAAGGCCUGAGACCUGUGUGUAUGAAAGAAAGUUGAUAAUGACAAGAUCACCUCUGUCAGUAAACCCCUUGGUUUUGUUGU